GCGCUUAUCUUCCCUUUCAUCUUCAAUCGGCCGCACGUCAAUCUUCCCGCCAGAUGCACAUGGUCAUAAAAAGGAUAUUGAAGCUCCGGAUGUUGGUAUGAAGUUUGAUACGAAAGAAGCCGUGUAUGAUAUUUACAAGACAUACACGAAGAGCAUGGGAUUUCCUAUAAGAACUAGGAGUACAAUCAAAGACAAAAAUGGAAUAGAGAUUGCAAUGGUAAUGGAGCGUUCACGCGUAGGGACUCGAGGUAGUAAGGCACAAAAUCAAUUAAAGCCCCAACUUUCAAUGCAAACCGGGUGCGGAGCUAGGAUACGGGUGCGCACAACUUAUAAUGGUUCAUGGGAAAUUUCAAAAAUAUCUCUACAACAUUCCCAUCCGAUGAGUCCAACAAAGGCUCGCCUAUUUCGGUGCAAUAGGAGGUUGACUCCUCAAAUAAGGAGAUAACUAGAAAUAAAUGAUGUAACGGGAAUACGAUUUCAUAAAACAUUCAACUCGGCCGUUGUUCAAGCCGGUGGAUAUGAUGAACUUCCCUUUAUUGAAAAAGAUUUAGAAAUUGCCCUAAAUAGGAGCAAAAACGUUCUGAAAUUCCAAAAUAGGAGUAUCAUGUUUUUUAUUCCUUGAAUAUGAGUAAUCUGCCAAGUUUGGAAAAAAAUGCCAUGUUUAAUAGCCUAAUAAUGCCAAACUUGGCAGAAAUUUACUCCUAUUUAGAGAAUAAAAACAUGAUACUCCUAUUUUGGAAUUUCAAAACUUUUUUACUCCUAUUUAGGAAAUUUACUCUAAAGAUUGUAGAAACUACAUUCAUAAGGUGAGGCAACUUAGGCUAGGGAGUGGUGAUGCAAUGGAAAUACAAGGGUUCUUUGCUACUAUGCAAGCCCAAUGUUCCGGAUCUUUCUAUAGCCUUGACUUAGAUGAGGAGUCAAGAUUGCGGAAUGUGUUUUGGGGCGACAAUCGGUGUAUGUAUGCUUACAAAUCUUUUGGAGAUGUCAUCACGUUUGACACAACUUACCUUGUGAAUGGGUAUGACAUGCCUUUUGCUCCAUUUGUCGGGGUCAAUCAUCAUGGCCAAUCUAUAUUGCUAGGAUGUGGAUUAAUAUCUAGUGAAGAUACAGACACUUUCAUGUGGCUAUUUAAAACAUGGCUCGAUUGCAUGGAGGGAUGUGCUCCAAUGGGAAUUAUUACGGAUCAAGAUCGUGCAAUGCAAAAUGUCAUUAAAAUUGUUUUUCUAAAUGCCAAACAUCGGUGGUGUCUAUGGCACAUAAUGAAAAAGGUACCCGAAAAACUCGGAGGCCUUGCACAAAAAGAUGAUAUCCUAGAUGCUCUACAUGAGUGCAUUUACGACUCCCAAUACGUGCAAGAAUUUGAGCAUAAGUGGAUUGAGAUGUUACAAAGGUUUUCACUUCAAGAUCAUGAAUGGCUCGAUGUAAUGUACAACGAAAGAACACGAUGGGUACCGUGUUAUUUAAAGCCAACAUUUUGGGCAGACAUGUCUACAACGCAACGAAGUGAGAACAUCAAUGCUUUUUUCGAUUCCUUUAUCAAUUCCAAAACAACUCUCAAACAAUUUGUUGAGCAAUAUGGACGUGCGUUGCGAAACAAGGUGGAAAAAGAUUUUCAAGAUGACACUAAUUCUUUUACCAAAAUGAUCCCAUGCGUUACUACAUAUGGAAUGGAGAAACAAGUGCAAGAAAUUUACACCCUAGCUAAAUUCAAGGAGUUUCAAAAUGAAAUGGUUGGCAAGGUUUAUUGUGAUCUCUUGCUAUGCGAGGAUAUAUGGUAAAAAAUUCAGGGUGAAAGAUGACAAAAUUAAUGGGUUGGAUAAAAGUGUGAACUUCUUUGUGGAGUAUGACCCAUUAACUAAUUUUGGAGUUUGCAUUUCUCACUUAAUUGAAUUUCGAGGUACGGUGUGUAGACACUUGAUUAUGGUCCUACGUCGGGUUGGUUUGAAAGUCUUGCCCGAUGCAUACAUCUUCCAAAGAUGGAGGAAAGAUGUGAAAAGAGCUUACCAAAGAGUUAAAAUCAAUUACAACGGGUGGAUCACAACGGUGGAAUAAAAACGGUUUGACAAGUUAUGCAAGACAUUUGAAUCGCUUGCUAACAUUAUUGCCGAUGAUGAAGACAAGUACAAUAGCGUCCUCCUAUGGUUGGAGACCCAAUUAGCAACAUAUACUCCGCCGCUUUGUCAUUCUUCUAUAGGUGGCACCAUCACACCCAUACAACACCCUACCACAAGUGUGCAAGGCGAAGGUGAGGUUCCACUUGUGAUCGGAGAUCCUAAAUGCUCUAAGCGCAAGGGGGCUCUAAGGAAAAACCGGCAAAAGGGCCCACUUAAAACGGGGAAGAAAAAAGGGAAGGCUAGGAAAGAUAAAGCACAAACUCCAAACACACCGACCCAACAUGGAAGUGGUGAAGGUGCUAGUAACGCAGGUAGUGUGCCAUGUAUACACCCUAGUGGUUUAGAUUUAAAAUUAUCUUUGUUUUGGAUGCCUUUUGUAUGAUGUACAAUAUUAUGUCCUACGUGCAGACACUGGUGACCAGUUUUAGUUUGAAUGGUAAGUGCACAACCUCAUGUCUAUAACUCACAUACACAAUCAUUAAAUGCAC